AGCUUUCAAUUUAACAACUGCAUGACGGCCCUAAGCCUGUAUAGCUCCGGUUCACAUAACAGCAGCAGGUUUGAGCGGGAUUGUGCAAUCAUAAACAACUGUAACACGGUGGCGUCCUAUAACUGUGGAAUUGUCAGUGAGAUACGGAUCACUGAGUGCUGCGACACUGACCUUUGUAACAAUCAAAGUGUCACAUAUCAUGGCUACAAUGAAUCCAAUGGCCUUGUGUGUUGUGCCGACCAGAGUUGCCAGACGACUGUAAACUGCACAGGUCUUGAAGACAGCUGCUUCAUAGGAGGUAAGGACCACACUAAGAACAUGGAGGGCCUGUUAGCUCAAGCUGCCCUCCCAUUCAGAGUUGGCAUUAACUGGGUCAAAAUGCCCUCACUGGGUGUCUUCUCAGAGCUGCAGGUGGAAGAGGAAGGAUUGUUCAAUCAACUUACGCCCAUGCAGAUCAUUUACCGGAGGUACUGCGUUACCCCUGAUGACUGCAGCAUUGGCUUCUCCUUUCACGAUAACAUCUAUGGGUUUUCAUGGACUCUCCAGUGCUGCACGUCUCAACUCUGCAAUGCCGGGCCUGGUAACACCACAUAUGUGCCUAAUGGCCUGGUGUGCUGCUCGGGGUCAGGCACACUCUGCCAGAACAUCAUCAGCUGUGUGGAAAAUGAGGACUACUGCUUCACAUCAGUCAAAGGACCAAACAUUUACCAGGGAUGUGCUUCAUCACGUGUGUGCGAAAGCCCAGGAAACGCAUCCUCCAUUCUCCAGAUGGACCUCAGUCCGCAGAUCCAGUGCUGUCAAGGCAGUCUGUGCAACAAACCAAGCUCCAUAAUCAUGUGUAACGAGUGCAUGUCUACUUUCUCCUGGGAAACAUGUCAAGGCUUGGUAACAGCAUGCUCUUCUCCAAGCCCCUACUGCGCCACUGUCUUCAGCACGGCCUCACUAUCACGGUCUUGUGCCACUCCGGAGACUUGCAACUUGAGCGUCUCUGUCAACUACGGCUUUGGGAGCAGCACCUGGAUUUCGGAGUGCUGUGACUCUGACUUGUGCAAUACUGGAAACGGUAAGGCCAGAGUUCAAGGGCCAAGUGGGGACAACUUGGGGGAGGAAGGCCUCUGUGGACAUUAG